AUGCAGUUCACUAUCUCCGCCGUUCUCGCUCUCGCUGGCCUCGCUGCCGCCCUUCCCCCUGCUGCUCCUCCCAGCGCUGGUGGUGUCGGUAACGCCAACGGUGUUGGCAACAAGGGCAACACCAACGUCCGCUUCCCUGUCCCCGACAGCAUGACUGUCAAGCAGGCCCAGGCCAAGUGUGGUGACCAGGCUCAGCUCUCUUGCUGCAACAAGGCCACCUACGCUGGUGACACCACCGAUGUCAACUCUGGCAUGCUCGGUGGCACUCUCAGCAACCUGAUCGGUGGUGGCUCCGGCUCCGACGGUCUCGGUAUCUUCGACCAGUGCUCCAAGCUGGAUCUCCAGAUCCCCAUUCUCAUUGCCAUUCCCAUCCAGGACUUGGUCAACCAGAAGUGCAAGCAGAACAUUGCCUGCUGCCAGAACUCCCCCUCCAGCGCCAACUCCGACCUCAUCGGUCUUGGCCUCCCCUGUGUUGCCCUUGGCUCCGUCAUCUAA